AUGUUGAAGCCUGACCUGCCUGCCCCAGAAUCCAGAUUGGCAAACAGCUCCUCUGAGAAUUCAGGGAGUGACUGGGACAGUGCCCCAGAAACCAUGGGAGAUAUGGGGUCUCCCAAGACUUCAGACUCAGGGGCACGGAGGAGCUCUGGAGCUGCUGCAGAACCAAGCAGGGAAUUCCAAGUUGAGCAACUGGGGAGCAAAAGGAUGGAUUCCCUCAAGUGGGACAAGACCGCCUCUGGCAUCCAAGAGUCUGGGAGACUGGAGGUUGGAGGGGCCAUUCCCAAACUGGGAUGGGAUUCUGUGGGCUCAAGUGGCACCAGGAGACCUGGAGAGUCGCCUGAAGAGGGACUGAGCCCCACUGGGCCUGAAACCCCAGUGGAGAAGCCCAGCCGGCGUCGGAAACUACUGGGCUGGCUGCGGGGUGAACCAGGUCAGGGAGCCGGGGCUUCCUCACAGAACCCAGGGGGCCCAGAGGAGUGUCUGCAGAUCUCCACCAACCUGACCUUGCACCUGCUGGAGCUGCUGGCCUCAGCCCUGCUGGGGCUAUGCUCACGACCGCUGAGGGCAAUCUUGGAUGCACUGGGCCUGCGUGGACCACUGGGCCUCUGGCUGCAUGGGCUACUGUCCUUUUUGGCUGCCCUGCAUGGGCUUCACGCCGUGCUGAGCCUACUUACUGCUCACCCCCUGCACUUUGCCUGCCUCUUUGGUCUUCUACAGGCCCUGGUGCUGGCUGUCAGCCUCCGGGAGCCCAGUGGGGAUGAGGAGGCCACUGACUUGGAGGGUGAGAAGUUGGAAAGGGAGGGUGGAGAGCAGAGGGGAGACCCAGGACAGGGGCUGUGACUGCAGGUAGGGUGUGACUGAGGCCCCACCCUCUUGAGGUGGGAGCAAGGAUGAAGACAGUGUGGCCUUUAGGAGGAAAGUGGGGGCAUGACCCAGAUUGUAAGCACAGGAACCUCAGGGAUGGGAGGAAACCCCAGAGCAUGAGGGCACAGGGCCCCCCCUUCACACACAGGAGAGAAUAGAGCUGCUUAGGGCAUCUGUGUUUAUGGACAGUGGGGGUAUCACCCUUGAAUUCACCAGCUGUUGUUACUUUUUGCUUUUACAUUUCUCCUACAUUCAGUUUUUUUUUCCACCUUUCCUUUUUAAAAGCCAAAAAAAAGAAAAAAAAAAUGUGUGGUGAUAGAGAAUAACUACAGGGUCUUCUCUACCUAUCAAACCCCCCAAGUCUGAAGACCAGAGGCAGGAGAAACAGACUUCUGGUUGGGGUAAAAGGGUGGUUGAGAGGCCAAAGGGAUCCCUCCUGGGAUCUAAGCUAUCUAGAGAAGAGUGGGGCUGCUAGGCCGAUAGAUCAGGGGGUCCAGGUGGGGGCCCACAGGUGAUGGAGCCUGCAGAGAGGCUGUGGGUGUUCCCAGGAGACAGGGGGAGUGGGGAUGGUGCAGCACUAUUGGCAGGAGGGCCAGUUCAGAGGGGCUGGCAGCCCAGACAGGCAGUGUGGGGAAGCACUGGAGCUUGCAGUCCGCACACUGGUAAGGGUUGGCUCACUCAGCAAUAAAUAACUGUGUCACAUCAAAUCCUAAAUAUACCACUAUGAAGUGAGA